AUGAAGAUUCCGGUGGAAAUUGCAAGGCUUCGACGCCUGAAAUAUGUCUGGUUAUUUGAGAAUAACCUAUCUGGCAAGGUUCCGUCUGGCCUUUACAAUAUCUCCACCAUCAGUGUGUUAUCAUUAGCCGAAGACCAACUUGAAGGAAAUAUUUCUCAUGAUAUAGGCUCCACACUUCCUAAUCUCAAGUUUCUUGAUCUUGUCGGCAAUUUGUUUACUGGAACACUUUCUACUUCACUGUCAAAUGCUUCCGAGCUUGAAUCAAUAAACUUCGCUGAGAAUGAUUUCAGCGGGACAAUGCCAAGAGAUCUUGGAAAACUUUGGGGUCUUAUAUUUAUAAUUGUUUAUCAAAAUCGGUUGCAGGAUGACGUCACUUUUAUUUCGUCUCUAACAAAUUGCACCAGUCUACAAGUUAUUGAAGUGGGUAGCAAUCUUCUCAGAGGUUCAUUGCCUGACUCCAUAGGUAAUCCCUCCACAUAUCUUUUCUGGAUGAAUUUGGAGAUGAAUCAAAUACAAGGAAGCAUUCCUUCAGGCAUCGGGAACCUCAACCUCACUGCCUUAUCUAUGUCAAUAAAUAAUCUUGCUGGCCCUAUUCCAUCCUCCAUUGGCAGACUUCAUAAACUGCAAGCUCUGUUCUUGGGCCACAACAAAUUCGCAGAACUUCCAUCUUCACUUGGUAAUUUGACUUUGUUGACUACUCUCACGUUGGAAGAAAACAUCAUCCAUGGAAGUAUACCUCCGAGUUUAGGAAAUUGUCAUAGCUUGUUGGAACUAGCCCUUUCUUAA